UGGUCGGAGUAGAUGUAGUCAUGUAGAUCCCCUCGUGCCACAUGUGCCCCUUGCUCUUCCCCGAUCCCCAACCGUCGCCGCCAUGGCGUCGCCGCGCCCGCCGCCGGAGCUGAUGGCCGACCUCGUCGUCGAGAUCCUCCUCCGCCUCCCGCCGGCAGAUCCCGCGUGCCUCAUCCGCGCCUCCGUUGUCUGCAAGUCCUGGCUCCGCCUCACCUCCGACGCGAACUUCCUCCGCCGCUACCGCGCCUUCCACGGAGCUCCUCCUCCGCUGCUCGCCUUCCUCUCCAACACCCGCGGCAAGAACGAGCCCCGCCUCGUCCCCUUCACGGAGCCCACCCCCUUCAAGCCGCCGGCGUUCGACUGCUCCCGCCGCCCGUGGGUCAUGGACUGCCGCCACGGGCGCGCCCUCCUCUUCGACAUGUGGGCCGACAGCGAGGGCGCCCUCGCCGUCUGGGACCCCAUCACGGGCGACCGGCAGAUCCUGCCCAAGCCCGGAUGCGGCAGGCACGUCUCCGCCGCCGCAGUGCUCUGCGCCGCCGGUGCCGGAUGCGACCACCUCGACUGCCACGGGGGUCCCUUCCUGGUGGUGUGUUUGGGCAUCAGCGCAACGCACGGCGGCGUCGUCGACGCGCACGUCUACUCGUCGGAGGCUGGCUCGUGGGGCGCACUGGCCUCCGUUCAGCUAGGCCUCGAUUCCUACGGCAGGAUGAACUGCGGACUCGUUAUUAGAGAUGAAGUCUAUUUCACGCUCAAGUUCAGUGCCAGAAUUCUCAAGUACAGCUUGGGUACGAAUGCCUUCUCUCUGAUUGGCGUUCCGGUCGACAUCCAAUUUGUUCUCACACGGACUGAGGACGAUUCGUUGGGGCUGGCCAGUGUAAGAGAUUCAAACCUUUACCUUUGGUCGAGGAAGGAUAAUCUAGAGGGGGUUGCAGGAUGGGUAAAUUGCAGGGUUAUCAAGCUUCAGGCACCAUUUUCCACACAUGAUCGUUUUGCAACCAGCGUUAUUGGUUUCGCUGAGGGUGUUGACGUCAUCCUCGUGACCGCAAAUGCCAUGUUUGCGGUUGAGCUCAAGUCAGGGAAGGUGACAAAGGUAGGCAGGCCUGGGGACUACUAUUCUGCUUUGCCGAUCAUGGGCUUCUACACUCCAGAUUGUGGUAGACGCAAUCACCGGCAUGGACUUGCUGAUUUCUGAUACGUCACUCGGUAUUAAGACCCCACGAAAUGGACGGACCGAUCAUCUUAAGUCUGCUGCCCGUUGGCUUCUUGCUGAGCCAUUACAUUCAAGUGUUUUCUGUUCUCUUUCGCAAAAAAAAAAAAAAAAAAAAAAGUGUUUUAUGUUCUGCUGAGCACUGUUGUAGUACGAAUUGUACAAGUUCAUAAGCGCCAUUUCGUCAAAUUCGUCCAGGUCUUCUUAGUCGCAAACUGUAUGUGGAUAAUUAAAUGCCGUUGUUGGACCUCGCGCAUCAAAAUUGAUUCUGACAUGGUAGUCAUACUGCAAAUAUUGGUAAAUUCAGUUUGGUUGUUUUUC